AUGGCAUUCGCCUCCGACCCAACAACUACAGGCCUGAAGGAUCUUAAUCGACCUUUUCCUGCUAGUACCGGUGAUGCUGCGGGUGUUGGCCUUUUGAAGUGGCGGAUGCAGAGCAUUGAUGAAUCAAUGGUGCCUUUAACAAGUAGGCCUUCUGUUUUUGGUAAUGAAACAUAUGUUAGCAUCGAAUAUGGAGCUUCAUCAAUGUUUGAUUUGUGGAAUGUUGUGAUCUCUGUACCUCUCCCUGCUCUUCAUGAGGCUCCAAAUGUCAGACAAGUUGACGGUGAAUGGAGGUUCGACCCAAGGAAUUCUGUGUUGGAGUGGUCCAUUCUACUUAUUGACAACUCGAACCGAAGUGGAUCAAUGGAGUUUGUUGUUCCCCCAACAGACUCAUCUGUAUUUUUCCUGAUUUCUGUGAACUUCUCUGCUACUAAUACAUUCAGUGACUUAAAGGUUGUGAAUGUCUUGCCCCAGAAAGGUGGAGCUCCACCAAAGUUUGGUCAAAGAACGCAAUGA